GAUGGAGAGGUAUUCACAAGAUCUUGUCACCUGUUUCUGAAUCGAAUAUACCACAGCGACCGGUAGCAGUUCAUUCAAGAGUGGGCGUUUCUUUGAAGUAGCUGUGAAAUUUGAAAUCCUCUACUGGGAGAUAAGGUAAGAUUAGGUAAGGUUUGAUGAGUUAUACUUUUGUAAAAUGAAACCUCGUUUUCAUUCGUCAUUAAGUUAUUUUUGGCAAGAAGUAUGAUGAUAAAAGGUAUAGGAGAAAAAGUGAACACAUUUAUUUAACAAUUUAUAAGCGUGAAAUAACAAGCAUGAUGUUAAUAUAAGUGAAUGUGCGCUCUCGGCAAACACUGCCCAGAACUCGCUUCACCUUGCCCACUCGAGGAUUCAGCCAUGCACAGUAUUAAGUGAUGUUCUGCAAAAAGUUGACUGCUUUCUUGGUAACUCAUAGCACCUCCCUCUCUCUCCUGCGUCUUUCUUUCUUUUUUUUCUUUUACUCACAGUCAGCUUUCAAUAACUAAUUCUUUUUUAGCUCAGAAGUGGGAGUGAAGUAAGAAAUUGCUACGUUUAUUGGCCAGUAAAAGCAGUGUUUUUUUAUAGAUAACUUGGAAAUUUUUGGAACAGACUUCGGCAUCUUUAAAUAUCUAAACGGAUGGAAAUAUCUUGAUUACACGGAAAAGAAGUAAUUCCCUUAUUAGCUGACCUCAAAACUGCUUAAGAUGAAAUCGAUAUGUGAGGUAGCAUCUUAUUAAGGAGUGCUAAUUCUCAUUAUAGGCUCGAAAGCCGCCAUGUUUUAUUCACGAUUAGAUUCCACUGAGAAGGGAGGGAUAGUAAAAUAUGUUCCCUUCCCCACCUCCUUCCACCAAUCAUCCAAUAGAUCGGUAUAUACUCCCUUCUCUCCCCCGCCUUCCUCGGCAUCAAAAAUCCAAAAUGGUGGCCAAACAUCGCACAAAGUAAUAGUGAGCGCUUGGACGCCAAAGGUGCGCCUGCGCUGAUAAGCUGAAAUUUCCACUAGGCAGCUUCUUACAAAAAUUAUAAUGUCAUUGCGACCAACUAUAGUUUUUUUAUAAACAUUCAUGACAACUUAACCUAAAAAUAUAUUCAGCCUCGAUUAUUCUUUAGUUUUGAGGGUGUAAAACAAAGUAAGAUCCAAAAAGCACAGAAUAGAUUUCAGGAAAACAGACAUACCUAUUUCAACUUUUUUUUUGGCCUCCCUGACAUUUCACUGGUACCCACAUUUACUUCAAGGUGGAGAUAAGCAAUGUGAGAUUGAAGUGUCUUGCCCAAGAGCACAACCCAGGUAGAUCUCGAACCCAUAUCUCUCGAAGUAGAGUUAAACGCGUUUCCGAACAACUUUAAGACCACCUUGAAGAAAACUAUACCCUGUGGGGUAGCAUGUGACCUUUUUGACAAGAUAAAGGGUUAAUCCUCCCUUUCCUUCCCUUAGGGAUUCUUUCACUUUACGAAAGCCCCAUUCUUACUUGAAUAAUACAUUGCCCAUCAUAUUGCUGCUCACAUCUCAAACAGUGCGAUAAGUUCAUCUGCGUAGAUAAAAAUAAUUUUCAAUAUUCAGCUUUGUUAACGUUAAUUGGAAAAAUCUUGAAAUAUCAUUACGUCAUAAAAAAAUAGUUGUGGAAAUACACUGUUAGAUUGCCUCGCCAGUCAUUUUAUGGAAAUAUUUUCCCAAAAAACAUCAAUUUAUAACUACAAUGAGUAGGAAUCCUAGAAAUUAUGGUUAUAAAUAAUAGAUAUAUCAAUACAAAAUGCUUUAAACCUUUUGCAAAAUAUUACCACACGUUGAAAAAAUUUCUCUUAUCUGUGGUUACCAUCACUCACAUUCCCACGUAACCUUGAUAGUUAAGUCAGGAUUCCGUUAAUCAUGCAUUUUUAAAUGGUUUUCCACUUGACCUUGAGUCACAUCGCGCUUAGAAAUGCAGUUACGAUUGAAAGAUACCAGUGGCCGGCUACAUGUGCAAGAGACAGGGGCAUUUUUUAGAGUGCUUAAACGAAUGUUUUAGAACGUUCGAAAGUCAACAAUUCGAGAUAUGAGCUUUGUUUUAAGAUCCAAGUCCAAAGAUAUAUUGGGACAACGGCAAAUAAAAUGUAAAUUCAAAUCUUAGCAAUUUUAUCUUUCGAUUUCAACCUUGUAACUUGAAUCAGCUUUAUCCUGUGCGGGUUAUGUAGAGAAAAGAAAAUAUCUUUUUUGUUUUGUUUUUUUUUCGUGGGGGCAACUUUUGUCCAACAGAGCUCUUUCGUAGAGUAAAGUUUCAGCUGCGUGGUCCGCAAUGCGUAUAUAUGCGAGAAACAGUAAAGUUGGUUUUUUCAUGGACAGUUAAAAUGUUGUAGGCUAAUUUCCUUCGACAAAGGGCGUGUCAAGCUGAGAGAAUCCUUCCUCAAAAGUCCAAAUGAAUAGAAAUUUAGACGACCGCCUAAAUUGAGGAGAAUUGAAAUAAAUAAGCUAGGAGCCUCGGGGUCUUACUGUGCGAAAUUACCUGAAGAAAAGAAUCGUUAACUAUCCUUAAAGGUGGCCUCAAUUACGUGACCAAUCCGUUCUGUUAUUCAAAUAUUUUCUUUUUGCUUAAUGUAAGAUUUUAUUGAAGUAAAUUAAAUUGUCUGAACAUCAAAUGCGAUAAAAACAACGCUAGAAUUACUCAAAAUGCAUGAAGUCUUUAAGGCUGCCUAACUAAAAAAACGCCAGAACACAGUUACUUAAUUUUUAAUUCCAUGGCGCCAUUCACUAAGUAUUUGUUCCCUGUAGCGUAGUUAAAUGAACGAAGGGACUAUUUCCAUAUUUCGAAAUCAUAAUAAAUAAAAAUGUGGCGAAUAUUUUGGAGAAAAAAAACAAGCGGAAAGCAAAUCUGAGAGAGUUGUGGUCAGUUAUUUAAUUUUCGCUGGGUUUUUUAAAAUAAUUUUCUCCUCAUAAAUUAAUUCGAUCUAAAACCUUUUAAUUGUAACGACCUAUGAUUACUUUUCAUCACGGCAGUAACACUAUACAGCAAAGUGUGAAAAAUUAUCUUUUUCGGUGCAGUUUAUUAGAACACCCGGAGAGCAUUAUUUUCUAAACCUUUUUAACAUUAUUCCAUUCUGUAGCCAAAUAGAAACAAAUAAGCGAUGUUUUACUUAUGUCUCGAAAGAAGGCAUUUUGCAGUUGUCCACUUUAGCCAAUUAUUUAUACAAUUUUUUUAGUAUUCAUUUUAGACACUUUUGGUCGGUUGUGUUUGCCGAUGACUUUUGACGAUUGUCAAUCAAGUGAGCUGAGUGACAGGUGUCUGCACGAAAUCAAAGAUCAAAGUGAUUCCUUAAAGAUGUAACUUUCCUCAUUUCGUUUGUGUUCUUUUCUCCGCAAUUUGUAAAACUUGGUUUCAACUAACGAAUAUAUCGUGCCUUUCAUAUCGAAAUAUACUGUUAAAUAUUUCAUGUGUUUACGAUAAAGUCUUUGUCAAGAAAAAAUUGACGUAUGUCUCUCGGGCGGUGCUACCGCUAACCAAAUGUCAUUUUCGUCAAACGCUCAGUUCUGAGUGGUGGAAGUAUUGUUGUUAUGGUAAUUUCUCCCGGUGUGGAUAAUAAAAGCAAAUAGUCAAAAUUAAGGGUUGGAAAAGCCGUCUAUUCUAACACGAUAAGAAACGCGUGUUAAAGGCACCGUUCUUCAAGACUUCUAAUCAAGCAGCUUAAACAUGUAAGCAUUAAUGUCUUGGUUGGUUUGCUUCAGUUUCAUAUCAAGCUUACGACUGAAAUUGCUUUUGGGAGCAAUUGACAAACACCGCCCGUACUUCCGAAAAAAAAAUCGAACUUUAGUCAAGAUUAUGAUCUGAGAAAUUCCCUAACCAGAACGUUCUUCGUCUGAUAUAGAUCAACACACACCAUACGGGUGCUCAACAAAUUUCACUGGUUAAGUCUUUAAAGACAGCCAUAAAAAAACCUCAGUUUUUAAUCCAAUUUAUUUAAGGUUCUACGAUGUAUUUUCUACCAUUUUCACUGGGUUUGAAGUCUUAAUAUCAACUUGCCAUGUUCGUACGUAUUGUUUUGGAAAACAGGUGUAGAGGGCCUCCAACUGAUCACGUGUCAACACGGCGACAUUCAAACAACAGGAGUUUCAAAUCUGUACUCUAGAUAGGCAAUAUUUGUACUUGAAUAUUCAUGUUGAUUUUUCGCAAUUUACAGUAAUGAUAACUUCAAUUUAGGAUGACCGAACCAAUGGUUUACGAUCGCUGAAUGAAUGUGUUUUCAGGGACGAGAUGCCAGUUGGACGAAGAGGACUUGUUGUGCCUCAAAAUACUUUUCUGGAAAAUGUUGUACGCCGUUCAAAUGGACUACGUAAGUAUUGCUUUAUUGUAAAUAUGCUAAACAGGUCUGUAAAAUAAGGAAAAAUUAUUACCAUAAAUAUUAGCACAAAAACUACAAGAAUCGUGCGUUGAAUUUCAUCUCCGAAUCUAAAGUUGCAGUCUCUAGCACAUUGAGUCUUUGAGGAUGAUUUUUGUUUUAACAUAUAAUGACCUUUGUUGUCAUUUUUCAAAGCUUGAAAAUCCUGUUGAUAUGAUGAGAUAUCCAGUUUGAGUUUGUUUGACUCUCUGAUUGUUUUGCGGUGAUAUGCUAUCAGAAAAUAUAAUAGACUAGCCUAAACAAAGCUUCACACACUACCAGAAGGGCCCCUUAAGCUAGGAAUCCUGACUUUGACAAAGUAAUUUGUUUCGACACACUGGCGGCAGUUAUAAAAUUCGCUUAAUGUAAAGGGACGGAUAAUUCCGUAGAGAAUAAUACGAAGAUAUUCAACUGUGAUAAAAAUUUCCUUCUUUAAAUUAUGUGUGAAUAUGAUUGCUUUUUCCAUGUCAAUGUUUACUGUAUUAUUCUACAAGACUGUAAUCUUUAAAUUUAAUAACUGCGAUACACAUUUUUAGAUUUCUUUCUUAAUAUGUCUUGUAUUUUUCUCGUUUAAACACCUUUGAAAUUGUCUAUAUGUAUAUGAAUAAUUUGUUGAACAUGUAAACUGCAUCUUGCUUUCUGUUGUGUAGCGAUUAAAGUCCUGAUUACGUUCGCAUUCAUAAACUCCUUUGAUUUCGCUGAAACCUAGUCGUUCUAUACACUCUAAUUCGUAGUUUAUGAAGUGAUUCAAAUUGAGGUAUCGGUUAGUAAGGCGUUUUGAUGUAACCGAAUUGGAUAUUUACAUUUUGAGAUCGUUUUGAUUUGAAGUUGGUGUAAUUAGCCAGUCAUGGAAAUAUUGAAGGUAAAUAACAGGUUACUCGUUGCAUCUUUUUGAAUGGAAGCUUUUGUAAUUAGAAAUUUCUCUCUCAUCAGUCUAUGCAAUUUCAGAUUGCACUGAAUUUUUGUUCGUAUGUACCAGUGGUUAAUCCGACUACAUGAAUUAUUUUGAAAGUUCAGUAAUUCGGGUAUUUCGCAAGGCACUCCAUGUGGUAUUUUGCAAGCCAGUUUUAAAAAGUUCCUGACAAAUGUCUAAGGUUCCAGCGCCUCUGGAAAACAGGUUACUCGUUGCAUCCUUUGAAUGGAAGCUUUUGUAAUUAGAAAUUUCUUUCUUAUCAGUCUGUGCAAUUUCAGAUUGCAGUGAAUUUUUGUUCGUAUGUACUAGUGGUUAAUCCUACUUCAUUAAUUAUUUUGAAAGUUCAGUAAUUCGGGUAUUUCGCAAGGCACUCCAUGGGGUAUUUUGCAAGUCAUUUUCAGAAAGUUCCAGACAAAUGUUGAAGGUUCCCACUCUUCCGAAAACAGUAUCUGCAGUUUUUCCAAAAAGAUAAACUUGAGAUUAUACAAGACGUCUUAUCGUGUUCCGACUGAAAAGUAAGUCUGCGAAACACUAUCAAUUGACGGGAAGUCUUUGUCUUGUGCGGAGACUUUGAACAUCAAAAUAGCAAACACUUUUAUAUGGAAAAAAAACCUUCAUAAUUGAUCCUACUGUAGUUCAGAGUUUAUCCUAACCAAACAAAGGUUUUAAAAUGGCAAGAUUAAUUUGGACGAAGGAACAUACUACCUUUUUCUCGCACAAAGAUCAGUUUCGGUCAGAACUAGUUUAAUGAAUUUUUUUAUUUUUUUCUUUGGUUCCUCCUCGUUUGUCGCAGUCUGUAAAAACAGGAAGUUGUAAAGAGUAGUAGGAACUCAAAACUUGUGCUCGUCAUACGUUUGACGCUUGCUUGGAAAUUGCUGCACAGGAAGUUUUAACCACCUUGUCAUAAUUACCAGCUUGUUUUGUUUUCUUUUGUUUUCUUUAGUGAAAAUUAUAAAAAGCUUCUUCAUAUUUCCAUUAGUUGAUAGCUGGAGCGUUUUCAUAUUUUACGUGCUGUUAUCAGGAUGUAAAUUUCAAAAUUGUGCUCAGUUCUGUCAGAAGACAGAAAUCGAAGGACUUAAAAGAAAAAGAACUUAAACCAAAGAACUGCAGUUUUCUUGUUGUCAUUAUGGAAACCAAAUACAUUAUCUAUUAUUCCAAGCAGGGAAUAAUUUUUCAAGAGCAAACCUUCUAAAUUUUUAAGAUUCCAUGCCACCGUGCGUCUGUUCCGUAAUAGAGCACAGAAGUUGCCAAAAUAUGGUAAGAACGGCGGAGAGUGGCCCACGAGGCGCAACCGAGAGUGUCCCGGAUGUUCUUAUCAUAUUUUGGCGUCUUCUGUGUUCUAUUACUGAGGAGACCCAAUGUAAUGAAGAAGGAAAAAAAUUAAUGGUGACGUCAUCUAAGCGUCUGUCCUACAAUUGAUCUUAUGUAAGAACCAAUCAAAACGUUUGUAAAACUCAGCUUAUUCCAGAAACAAAAUAGGGCAGUUUUUCUAAUUCAUUCCUUUAUGAAGUAAUGGGUAAAUGCGACAUUUUUUCUGUUUUCAUUUUGACUGCAGACUCGUUAUUCGUACUUGGGAACGCUCAGAUUAUGGAAAAUCCCAUUGUAUACUCGAGUGACGGGUUUUGCAAGUUCACAGGAUACACGCGAGCGGAAGUGAUGAAGAAAAAUUGCGACUGCAAUUUCCUGUUUGGUCAACAGACAGACCCGGAGACAAUAAGAGAGCUUCAUAAUGCUUUGCAGGCGAAGACAGCCAUUCAAAAAGAGUUUAUUGCAUAUCAAAAAGACGGUAAGAUGAUACGUUAUCAAAGCAGACCAAUCUCGAAUUGAAAAUACCAAGUUUUUUUAAAUAUGUAUUAGAGCCACCAGAAAAUAAACGACUAUUGCAUAUUUAAAAAAUUUUAUACCUUCUAUUUCUUCUUUCAGGUACACCUAUGUGGGUUCUGUUCCAUCUUGGACCGAUCAAAAACGAGAAAGGCGAAGUGAUGUUGUUCCUUGUUACACUGAAAGACAUCACGGAGUUCAAAGAUCCCAUUGUCGGUACAGGUAAAAACAAAACCUUCCCCUCUCCCUGUGAAAUAAACAGGAACAGGAACAGGAACAGGAACCCAUCAGCGGAAGUCUCUAUCUCAGCUGAUUCCUUAAGUCAACCCUUUCUUGAGUACAUUUAUCUUUAGAACAGCUAUUUCCCUCGCAAAGUAUCAUAUUCCUGUUGAGUAAACCGCGAAUCGCAAAAUCUAAUUUCGCUACCCAAUGCAUGUCAGGGUAUGUUUGACGUCAUCAAAUUGAUAGGAUCAUCAUAGCUCUGUUUGUUUUGGGUAAAACUUAUGUGGUGGAGCCAAUCUUCUAGCUGAAUCUCUAUUGGCAGAAAAAAUGUACUUUGACCGUUUUAGAAUGGUCACAUUUCUGUUUACACUGUUCGGACAGAAUUUGUCCAAAAUCAUUCAUAUUUCAAGACUCGGAAAUGAAAAAAGUUGAAGAAAUUUGGAUAUUAAGGUUUUAAUAUAUUUUUGUUGGGUUGCUUUUGAAUUUCAAUUCUUACCACAUCUUCCAUGCGAUAUCUUUAGAACAAACUUGGAAACUUCUGGAAACAUGUAUUUCGACUUUAGAAAAGGACUGUGAGUUUUUAUUAUCGCUUUAUAUUACAAAAGUACCCAUUUGCAAAACAGCGGAAGAGACCACGUACAGUGACAUAAACCCCUUGGCAGCACGCUCAUUUGAUUGGCUAAUAUAAUCGUACACUGUCAAUCAUGUCAACGUCGCUCCCAGGAUUCUUUUGUUGAACUGAAAUUUUACGUCUAUUCGAGGUGUUACGAGUACUCAAACUCGUUUCAUCCAAAGUAUAAAGCGUGAAUAUUCAGCACCAGGCUUGUCUGCGUUUACAGACCGAGGGAGGGCAACAGAAAAUGCAAUUACUGGCCUGUGACUCGAUUCCGACUUACACCCCUUUGAAUUCAUCCUCGUCUUCCAUUUCCAACGUAUCGAAAGAAAUAAACACCAGUAACCUGCCAUAUUGUUUUUGUUUACAGUGAGCUUAGCGGCCAGUCACUGAAGGUCGCGCUUGACUUCAAUAAUCUCGCAUAAAUGACAAGAGUCUUUACCCAUACCUUUUUGGUUUUCAGCCAUUUGUAAAAGUUGAUCAAGCCUUUUAACUUAAACCAGGUUUUUCCCAAUAGGAUAUGGAAAUACCAACCAAUCCAAACAACCUGAAAACGGUUUAUCCUAAUUGAACAGAAUCUUUAUAUUUUAGAGGGUCAUAUUUGCUUUAGUAGAGAGAUUCAAAGAUGAGUAUCCCUUUUUUGGAUAAGUUAUUGACUGAUUGACUUUAUUUUAAUAACUAGAGGCAAACAAAAGAUUUACAAGCUGUUCAAAGAGACGCGUACAGGCCUAAUGUUUGUACCUUCAUAUGCUUUUCUAUAGACAACGGAGGCCCCAAGGGAUGGGCGCGACUUAACAAAACUCUCACGAGGCACAAAUCAGUUCUUGUCGCGUUCAAACAGAAAACCACAACUCAACGGAACGCCCAGCAAAUCAGCAGCGUGAGUAAAAUCGUUUGUCGUUUCAUUUAAUUUGGUACAAAUCGCGCCGGAACAACAGGAAGGCAAGAAUGCUCCUUCAUAGUAAGUUUCCCUAUCGAAGACGAGAAGAAAGCAGAAAGCGUGAACAAAAUUAUAAAGUUUAAGAGAGGGAGCUUUCACGACAAAAAGAACGUUUGAAAAAUCACACAAAAUGGCUUCUUAUUUUUAUCAUUAUUAUUAUUAUUAUUAUUAUUAUUUUUAUUAGUAUUAUCAUUAUUACUAAAAUGAAUAUUAUUAUAAUGAUUAUUGUAGUCAUUACUGUAGUUCUAUUGUUUUCGCAGCCCUAAGGGUAAAGCAGCGAACAUAAUGAAACAUUCUCUCACUAACAAAUGCAGCUGCCAUCCAACUUGAAUACUCUGAAUUAUUAAUAAAGAGUAAUUCAAUGGUAAAAAAAAAUGAUUAUUUUUCUCUCGGUUAAAAAUUGAACUGUAACCCUACUGAAGGGCUAAGUUUUGAUACUCUUGCCCUCUUUCAAUUAAGUUUUUUUUUUUUUUUAAACCCUGAUUCUUUUUUAACUCAAAUCGUGAACAGCCCGCUCGCCGAUCAAAAAAGUUUUUUAUUUAUGUAGCAAAUGUCUACGGAUGCAUUCAACCCUAGGGGCGUGUGUGUUUACAUAAAUGAUUUUUCGUAAUUAUACGUUGGUGUAAGGCAAAAAAAAAUUUUGAAUUUCAAAAUAGUUGACCUCCUUUUGUUAACUGAAAAGGAAUACAGUAUCACCCAAUCGUUUGGAUGAAAUACGAGUUCCUAAUUGCUGCUAAAGGCAAAGCCUGAGAAUUUCUUUUUCUGCCUUUCAAGACCGAGCAACAUAAACACCGUGUUGCUUUGAUUUCAUCUUACCAGUUAAUGUCAACGGUUUAUAAACAAUUCAUCAAUAUGUCGGUGAAACCUAAAGAAAUAGCAACAAUUUUUCGACGGCGAAAGGAGUCGACGGUGAGUUAGAAUAACAGAUUCUUCGCGCCGGUUUAGAUACAAAACCACUUUGAUCUUUGCCCGCGAAACAAAACAUUUCCAAUCUGCUAUUUUCACCGCUCCGUUGAUUUGCGCGCUUUUCAAUUCAUCAGUAAAAUUUUCGCCUCGGUAUAAGAAUUCCAAUUUUAUGAAGAUUUAAUGUGUUCUUCUUCACACUGAAUAUAUCGUGAUGGGUAUUUAUUUUAAGAGACUUUAAGGCAACUCUUUUAGUGUAUUUGGCUAAAAUAAAAUUUGCAGCUCUGAUGCAUAAAAGCCAAAAACAAAAUUUCGUUGUGAUCGAGGGAUGGUUGGGUUCAGAGUGUCCUUCUGUCGUCGUAAACAGACAGAAGUCAAAUAUGGAAGUCGUACAAACUUAAACUGAAAACAAAUAUUCAGCCCUAGAAGUCAUGCAAAUUAAAUAUAUGUGUUGAAAACUUUUGCAUUUUGACUAGGUGUCGCAUCAAAAAGCAGAUGUUCCAAAACUUUAUUAGUGACACUCUUUGAGCUUUGUUUAAUAUUGCGCAAAAGAAAAAAUCGCAACUGUAACUGGAAUUUUUCCCCAUUUUUAAUGGCGAUUCCAUUUAACGCUUUUCGGUAGCAAUAUUUGUUAAACGUAUGGAAGCGUUCAGUGGACACUUCGAAAAUAGAAUCAAGUUUACGCUUUCAUUCUGAAUCAUGUCAAGUUUUAUGGUCGCCCGUGUUUAUCGGUGUUCUUUGUAUUCCGACUCCCUCCCUUUAAAAAUUCUUAUGAAAAUCAUAUUCUGUGCUACCCAUCUUUCAAAACCUCAACCUUUGGAAGAUUGGAGAAUCUUCAGUUUUCUUUUCUGGCUGAUGUUCCGCCGCAAAAGCAAAAGAGAAUUUUUCCAGCGGAAGUUACUUUUCCCUCGGAUUACAAAAUUUAUUCCAACAUAAUACAAACAUCGUCAUUGAACGAUAUAAAACUCGUUCAAAUUUUUUAACUUACACGUGUUGUGAAUUUCAGCUUAUGUCUCUAAAUGACGAUGUGUUGCCAGAUUACAAACUUGAUGUACCCCACACGCCACCGCGGGUGAUCCUCCAUUACACCACGUUCAAAACAACCUGGGACUGGGUGAUACUCUUCCUGACGCUUUACACCACGAUUUCCGUGCCAUUUCUUGUUUGCUUCGCAUUCGAGCAUGACGCGGUCUCUGUCUUGGAUCUGCUCGUUGAUUGGAUGUUUUUAGCUGACAUUGCCCUGAAUUUUCACACGACUUAUGUUGGGAAGGAUGGCGAGGUUAUUGACGAUCUCAAGAUGAUUCGUUGGAAUUACAUUCGCAGUUGGUUCUUUCUGGAUUUGGUCUCAUCCCUGCCAUACGGGAUUCUCACUUACGUAACGAAUAGCAGCGCUGUAAGUUUUCACUUCGAAUGACUAGCAUCGAGUUUUUCCUUACGAUAUGAGUUUACUGUCAAAACCACGACAUACGUUAUCAAAUUGCACUUUUAGUUCGACGCUCUCAGGCUGGAAUUAAACUUUUAGAUCAUUUCAUAACCAACAAUUUUUCCUCCUUUGUAGAGCAUGACGACAUUACUUGGAUUCCUGAAAGUGUUUCGCUUGUUAAGACUGGGGCGAGUAGCAAGAAAAAUCGACAAAUACUUGGAGUAUGGCGCGUCUACGUUCUUUCUCCUCAUGCUGUCAUUCUGCCUCGUGGCACAUUGGUUUGCCUGUCUUUUCUACUUAAUCGCCACCCACUACGAUAACUAUGACCCGAACGGUUGGCUGCAAAUCUUAGGGAACCAGGUAGGGACUCCUUACAAAAUGAAGAAUGGGACGAAUGAAUUAGAUCUGACGACGGGCCCCACCAUUGCCUCAAAAUACGUCUCUGCCCUGUAUUAUACACUGACUAGUUUGACAACGAUCGGAUUUGGAAAUAUCUCGCCAAAUACAACUGCUGAAAAGCUGUUUGCAUCCAUCACAAUGUUGCUGGGAGGUGAGUGUGCUCACUUGUCGAAUAAUUUUGAAUUGAGUGUCGAGAUUAAUUGGCUUUGCUUUACUUCGCUUUGUGGUUUUUCUAGAAAACACGCUCCACACGGUCAACCAAUCAGAUACUGACUUAAACCAUAUGGGACUUGGGUACUGGCGUUUCCCUGCGCUUCGAGAAGUUUACUGAAAUUUCCGCGCGCGAUAUUUUUCUUUGUUUUGGCCUUUGGAAGAUUAGUUUUCUUUUGGUUUCGCGACCUAUUAUCGAAAUUCCCCUUAUGCAACACCUGAAAGAUUUACUCCAUCAAUACAAACAGACAGAGCGGUGAUGGAGGCAUAACAAUUACCAUCAUCUAUUUCUAUAGUUAAGAAGGAGAAUAAAUCUUAUUUACGUACAUGGGAGUGAAACCAGUUUUUAGAGCCAUUUUGAAAACUGGAUAGAUAUACAGUCCUGACUCCAUCUUUCCUCCUUCCUGAUUUCAAACCUUUACCGCGCUCUAUAUAGACCUGCAACACUUAGACCCUGGCCAUAUGUUACUCGCGUCUCUGUGGGAAAAUGUUUCCCGCGCUUUCCUGUCGCGUAUUAUGACUCAUCUUUCUUCUUUAAUCUGAUUGGCUCUGUACUUUGUAACAAAAUGAAACGAAAGGAUGCACAGUUUCAGGAUCACAUCUAACAGGAAUGUUUUGACUUGAUUCGUUUUAGCAAUCUUGUUCUCCCUCAUUUUCGGCCAAGUCUCUGCUAUACUUCAACAAGCGCAGAAAAACACAGCAAAAUACCACUCGAUAAUCGACAACAUGAAGCAGUUUAGUAAACUUUACAAGCUGCCAGCAAACCUUGCUACCAGAACGAUUGACUUCUUCAUGUCCACGUGGGCAAUGAACAAGGGAAUCGACACAGACGAGGUACACAUUGUUUUUUGAAACCUUUACCGUAUUCCUCUUACGGAUUUAACCUAAAAGGGUUCGUCUUAAUCUCAAAAGGUUAAGAACGCCAUUAGAUAACUCGUGGACAUUUAAUCUUCGCCCCGCUAAACGUGGUACAAACAUGGGGGAGGGAAUAGGGAAAGGAAAAAAACUUAAACAUUGAAAUUACUAAAUUUUCUGUCUCCAAACGGGAUAAAUGGAAAAAUUUUCAAGUAAUUCAAACACGACUACUAGGAUUUCUUAAUAAUCUUUUCUGAUAAAUAUUGGCCAUAAAUAAAAUUUACAUCAGCUAUCUUGGAAAUCUCGAAAUGACUACGUUCCAUUCCAUAGCAGAUGGGUCAAGGUACCCUGGCACCCUGGGUGGGGUUGGUCAAUAAAUGGCGUCCUAUCCAGGGGGUGAGGGAGAGUAGCAACACCCCUUAUCACUUUGCCACCGAGGCUGGGAUAAGUACUGGAGAUGCAGGUCACGUGACUCAUACGCAAGCUUUAAGCAUAAUAAAAAAGCAUGCGUAAACUCAGUGAGCAUAAGCAAAUCGCACAAACGCUGAAAGUGUCUCUUCGUGUUAAACCUCAGGUCUUAAAGUAUUGUCCAAAAGAUCUUCAAGCAGACAUCUGCGUUCAUCUCAACCGAAUGAUCCUCGAGAACAAUCCCGCGUUCCUGGACGCCAGCACGGGAGUGAAACGAGCGAUUGCCCGCAAUUUUUGGAUCUCGCACGUGGCACCUGGUGAUCGAAUCAUUCAUCAUGGAGAAAGUUUGGACGUCAUAUACUUUAUCGCGCGUGGAUCUCUUGAGGUCAAACAGGGAGAAACUGUUGUCGGUUUACUAGGUAGGAAUGUGAAAAAAAAAAUUAAUAAAUAAAAGGGAAAACUUUGUUAUCUUCUGUUAUUGAACAACUCCUUAUAAAGGUACCGGUAUUUUCAGUAACGAACUAACAAAAGUGCAAUGACCAGAGGGAAUACUUCUGACGUAUUGCUAGAUUCACACUUCUCUCUUGACCGUGAGAAGGGUUUAAGGUCCAGUGGAAAAUGUCUGGUGCAUGGCAAUCGAAGUUCGAACGUUACUUGAUGGUCAGGUUAUCGCACGAUAUAGACUCUUGGUUCCCAGAGCUUUUCAGCAUCCCUUUACUGUUAGAGGUUGGGUGCUACUCAAAUAUGAUCAUAUGAUAUUUGGGAACUGUUGUAUUGACUUAGAGUGUCACUUCCAUUUUACGUUGAUAUUUUUUCCUCAAAGGUGAGAAUGAUGUGUUUGGUGACAACAUUUGUCAUGAGCCAACAGUAGGUCAGUCAGCAGUGGACGUAUUUGCGUUAACUUAUUGUGACCUUCACUGGAUUCAGAGAGACGCACUCAUCGAGGUGCUGGAGUUUUAUCCAGAUUUCGCCAACAAAUUUACCAAGAACCUUGUGCUAUCGUACAACUUAAGAGAUGAGGUGAGGCAUACCAGCCGUAGAAGUAGUCUAAUUCAUUCAUUGGCUAUUAUAAAAUAAUUCAAAUAGUACGUGCGCUCUGAUUGGCCAUAAAACCAUUCUACAUUUCUUCAAUAGAUCGAUUGAUUAAAGGAGUGAGGGAUUGAUCUAUUGAUUAAUUGCCGAAUGACUUUAUGAAUGAACGAAGAUCGAGCGAACGGACGAAUGACUGACAAACUGAAUGAAUUAACGAAUGAAUGAAUAAUUGAUUGAGUGAAUGAGGGAAUGAUUAAUUGAUUAAUUUAUUUAUUGUUUGACAAACUCAGUUAUAGACUGCAGUGUAGGCUUCUUAAUGGGUGAGGUCACGGUACAAGCUUGCGAUUGUUUAUUCGACCAGCUUAACUCAAAAUUAGAAUGGACGGGGGUGGGGGGGCUGGGAAGGAUUUCUUUUGCCCCAGCCCUCCCUUGUCCUUCCUUUUGACCAUUACUCAUACCAUCGGUACUUCUUUCUCUCCCCAUUCUUCCGCUGUAAAAAUCAAAGAUGGCAGCUAUGAUUGUCACAGAAAAAAAUACUGAGCACUCGCUCGCUAAAAUCGCGCUUACUCUUCAUGCUAGGUGACAAACUGACCGCCUGCCUGGCCAACUGCAUUUCUGACUUGAUAAAUUGAUUGACUAAUUGAUUGACCGAUUGAUUGACUGAUUGAUUGACUGAUUGAUUGACUGAUUGAUUGACUGAUUGAUUGACUGAUUGAUUGACUGAUUGAUUGACUGAUUGAUUGACUGAUUGAUUGACUGAUUGAUUGACUGAUUGAUUUACUGGUUGCUUCUAACCAUAUUAGCCGAAUGUAUCCGCUAUCAAUGAGAUAUUAUUUAAAAAUCACAGUUGUAUAAGGUAGACGUACAAGUUUAAACAAUUUGCAAGCCGAAUCUUUGUUGAUAAUUAUGGUACACAAUGAGCACAACCACGUAAUUAUCCGAGAACACCUUCGCGACGUAGAAAGAAAUGACAAGGACGCAUCCAAACCAGUCGCCAGAAACUUUAUUCUCCAUAAUCAUUCUAAACAACAUAUAGCAGUUUGCGGACUUUCCCAACAUCUGGGCAGUUAGGAAAGCCGCAAACACGAGAACAAAAGUUUACCUUCUUCGUUACUCCUAAUCCCCACGGUAUCAACGAGCGCUUUUCAUUCAACUAAUUCAUUCUUGUUUUCUCAUCAUCAUACUCCCACCAAUAACGUAGCCCCAUUUUCUGCAUACAAACCCACACACAACGCACAAUUCCUCCAAUCUCUCUGACGAAGGGCUAAUGCUCGAAAAGUUUGCCUUUUAACUCUUAGCGGUGGCCAAUUUAUGUUUUUAGCUCAGUUGUUAACACUAAACUACCACUUAAUUCUUCAUCGAGGCAAUAUAAACUAGAGUGUUUUUCGAUUAAGUUUCGUAAAACCAGAACCAAAGAAAUCACAACGGCCGAUCAGAAGAAAGUAAAAUACCUUUAAGAGCCAAUGACAACUCAAAGUAAAAACUGCCAAAUUACCUAAAGCGCGGGAAACAGCGAACGACCAAGUAGUGAUUGGUUUUAGUUUUGCAUCUGAUUGAUUGAGGAGGUGACGCGAGUUUUUUUUAACAAAACCACGAAACGAAGCAAAACAAAAACAAAGCAAUACCGGAUUACUCUCGACAAUUAAUUGAAAAUUGCUUUAUUAAUUUUUUUAACCUCCAGCUCAAGAUUCGUAAACGCACCCCAAAGUUGGAAAUAGCAAACGAGGAACAAAGGGACAGACCAACGAGUGUCCCAUUUCGACACAGGAAGCAGAAUCGAAAGCUGAGUCUAGUCGAAGAAUUGGCGCAGAACUACGAGUUUGACGACAAUCAGGUGGACGGUGGAGACACGAGUGAAGCAGAGAUCGACAUGAUGGUCCUUCCGAAGACACGAACAAGAAGUAUGACGUCGAACAUUGUCCGAGCGCGUCCCGACAUCCCGGAAUCGGGUACCGACGUUCUUUCGAGUUUGUCCGAAAUGAAAGGCGAGGUGCGACGAGAAAUCGAAGUUAUGAAUAUGAAAAUGACUCAAUUAGAAGAGCAAAUCUCGACAAUAAUUACUAUUUUGAAAAGCCAGGGACACUUGCAUAGUCCACGGGGUUACGGGUCCCCCAGUACUAGUUUCGACAAGGGAAGAAUGUCUGCUACUUCAUAUCUCAAUGAUACUUCUCCUCCCGAAGAGGCUCCAAGCAACAAGAAAGACAAAGAGGAACCUUUACCGGAAUGGCUCGCUCCUUCUGGGUCCUCGGGGACUCGUGCUGAUGGCGUGCCAGAGUGGGACGACUCUACUACUCAGGCACAGGAGCGGAACUCGGCCCAGGCUGCCAGUUUAUUGAACAACCAGUCAAACAGAAACAAUGCUGAACCCGAUCCCAGACUCCUUCAAACUUUAGGCCUCUUUAAAAUGGGCAAAAAAUGAGGACCACGGAAAAAAUUAACUGUAGUACUCAUAAGGCAUUUAAAUGUAAAGACCAGAGAAAAAUUCGUGUAGUAUCAGAUACCUGCACAGUUAUUACGAGGAGCGACUCAUGAUAAUGGUCCCGUCAUUCACGUUAGCGAACUACACGAAGGAAAAUCAACUAUGAUCACAUCAGGGUUAGAGGCUAGAAGAUCAGGAUUUAUUUGAAAUUCGCAGAAUCCUUAGACAAUGUUCUUCCAACAACACGGUACUCUUUCAGAUCAAGCUGCAAGAACCUGUGGCAUUGUCCAAAUAAGUUCUGAGCCAGCUGACAGAUUCAAUAGCAUCGAAGAUAAAUCACAGACUAUUUUGAAACCAUGCAACCGUCCAUUCGAAUCGGUAUAGUUUAGGACACAAAAAUAAAUGGCGAAGAAUAUAUCACACUUGGGCCACAGUUACAUUUCAAAAGCCACAAAGGGGGCAGGGUGUCAGUCAAAGGGGAUUUAACAGUGCAGUUUAUAAAAGAAGGUUUAAGGGAUUGAUAAGUUUCCUAGGCUAGGCUGUAACACGUAGGAUUAGAGUUGAGUGCAAUGUUUAUUCUUUUGUUUUAUCUGUUUGCCAUUUUUUAUGUUUUUUGGUUUCGCGCGAUCACAAGUUCGGUUAUAACUGGCAUUAAAUUUGCUGUGAAACAACAACUGAUGUUGGAAUUUAAAAGCUUAUGAUGACAUGAUAGUUAUGAUGUUAAGGAAGUUAGUUCAAAAUCCAGAGUGCCUUCUGUAAUCCUGGUCAAAUCUUCUUUGUUUGUGAUAAAAGCUUCAGGAUGCUACGGUGUGGUUAAGGGCAGUGAGUAGAAUGUUUGAUGUUGUACCGCAACAAAAAAUUGUCAUAUUGUAUUCUAAUUAUCUAUCAAUUUAACAUAGCAUUGUAAUCGCUUGAAAUAUUCAGGUACAAACGCCGGAUUUGCUCACUGCGGAUAACUUAGAGUUUCUGUCACUCACUUUUUCCGCAAAGAUACUCCUCUAUUUCUUUUUCUCCACGUUACCAUCGCAACAUACGCAUUUCUACGUAGACAACACUUAAUGACUAAGCCGUUAUUUGUAGGAAAGAG